AUGCGGACAAUUGACAAAGCACCCAAAAACAAUCUUCAGGAAGAAACUGCAAUAAGCAGAUCUGGUCCAAGUAAGAAAGCUAACAAUGGAAAAAAUGGAAGAUGGCUUCACAGGCCUCAACACCAGCACAAAGUGGAGGCUCCAGCAUCGGGCAGGCAUUUGAAUGGAAUCCUGGAGAACCCCAAGAACCAAGCGCCUCCAGGUCUCUACACAAAGACCCAGGACCCAGCCAAAGCCCCCAACACCCCUGACAUUCUCGAGAUCGAGUUCAAAAAAGGGGUCCCCGUGAAGGUGACCAACGUCAAGGAUGGCACCACCCACCAGACCUCCUUGGAGCUCUUCAUGUACCUGAAUGAAGUCGCGGCCAAGCACGGCGUGGGCCGAAUUGACAUCGUGGAGAACCGCUUCAUCGGAAUGAAGUCCCGAGGUAUCUACAAGACCCCAGCAGGCACCAUCCUUUACCACGCUCAUUUAGACAUCGAGGCUUUCACCAUGGACCGGGAAGUGCGCAAAAUCAAACAAGGCCUGGGCUUGAAAUUUGCUGAGCUGGUCUAUACCGGUUUCUGGCACAGCCCGGAGUGUGAAUUUGUCUGCCACUGCAUCGCCAAGUCGCAGGAGCGAGUGGAAGGGAAAGUGCAGGUGUCCAUCUUGAAGGGCCAGGUGUACAACCUUAGCCGGGAGUCCCCCCUGUCUCUCUACAACGAGGAGCUGGUGAGCAUGAACGUUCAGGGUGACUAUGAGCCAAUUGAUGCCACCGGCUUCAUCAACAUCAAUUCCCUCAGGCUGAAGGAAUAUCAUCGUCUCCAGAGCAAGGUCACUGCCAAAUAGACCCCUGUACAAUGAGGAGCCGGGGCCGCCUCAAUUUGCAGAUCCCCCAAGUAUAGGCACUAAUUGUUGUGAUAAUUUGUAAUUGUGACUUGUUC